AUCCAGUGGAGUUGUUGCUCGGUGAGUUUGUGUUGGUGCUUUUAGUUUAAAGUCAGGUGUGACCAUGUUUUGUUGGUCCACCGCGGCUCAGACGAACCCGGAUGUAUUUGUGUGUGACUCCUCUCUGACACACAGCAGCUUCUUCCAGAAGUUUCCUCGCGCGGCUCACAGCUCGUGGGACACUCCUGCGUGGACGCGUCCGUGUGAUGUUUCGUGGUUCACUUUAAGUGGCAUCUUUUUUAUUUCCCCCCCCGCACACUCGUCUCAGCGAGGAGAGGAAAGUUGUCCACGGACUGUGACUAACCUUGACCGUCAGCUAGCUCCGCUCAUUGUCCGCAGCGGUGACAGCUGCGGCGGCUGCGGCGGAAGAGGAGCCCCGUUAACCGGCUCGGCCCACACACACACCGGACAUGCUGGAGGUGUUUUCUCCCACCAGAAACUGCUGACGAUGUGUUUAUGAAGUGGACGAAGAAGCUGAUAAUGGGUAAAGAUUACUACAAAGUGCUCGGAAUAGCCAAAGGUGCGUCCGAAGAUGAGAUCAAAAAGGCGUACAGGAAACAGGCCCUGCGCUACCACCCGGACAAAAACAAGUCUCCUGGAGCAGAAGAUAAAUUCAAGGAGAUCGCUGAAGCCUACGAUGUCCUGAGUGAUGCCAAGAAGAAGGACAUUUAUGACCGCUUUGGAGAAGAAGGAUUAAAGGGUUCGGCAGGUGGUGGAGGUGGAGGACACAGCGGUCAAAGCUACAACUACACCUUCCACGGAGACCCUCACGCGAUGUUCGCGGAGUUCUUCGGCGGCCGCAGCCCUUUCGAUCAUUUCUUCACACAAAAUGGGGAGGACGACAUGGACGUCAACGACCCCUUCGGGGCGUUCGGCAUGGGGAGAAUGGGCGGCAUGGGCGGGUUUCACAGGUCCUUUAAAUCCCACCCGGGAGGUCCUCACAGAGCGCGCGAAAAGAAGAAAGACCCGCCUGUGGUGCACGAGCUGAAGGUGAGCCUCGAGGAGGUUUUCUCGGGCUGCACCAAAAAGAUGAAGAUCUCGCGCAAGAGACUGAACCCAGACGGCUGCACCAUACGCAGCGAAGACAAGAUUUUAACAGUCGACAUCAAGCGUGGCUGGAAGGAGGGGACAAAAAUCACCUUUCCGAAGGAGGGAGACGAGACUCCCACCAACAUUCCUGCAGAUGUGGUGUUUGUAGUCAAAGAUAAACCUCACCCGGUGUUCAGAAGAGAGGGCUCUGAUAUUAUUUAUCCUGCAAAGAUAUCACUCAGAGACGCGUUGUGUGGAUGCACAGUCAACGCCCCAACACUGGAUGGCCGGACCAUCACUGUGACCUCCAGAGACGUUGUCAAGCCUGGAAUGAAAAAGCGUAUUGCUGGAGAAGGCCUCCCUCUAUCCAAGUGCCCCGAGAAGAGGGGCGACAUGAUCUUGGACUUCACUGUCAAGUUUCCUGAAAAGCUGGGCCAAAGCACUCGAGACGCACUCAAGCAGGUCCUUCCACCGUGACUCAGCAUUAUUCAAGUUUGCCCCUUAAAAUAAAAUCUAACAAGUUGCAUUUCCAGUGAGACCCUCGUGUGUACUUUAAGCCUGGACGAUGGAGGUUCAGGGCAGAUUUGAGUCCAUCUUAAUUUGACUUCUUAUCUCGUUUAAGUGUCUUAAGACCUUGAAAAACAGAACAGCUGACUUUAGGUUUAAUUUGUGUAUUCAGCUGAGGUUGAGUUACAGUGUUAAGUGGCGGCGUGCUACAACGGCAGAUUCACGGAGGAAAAGAAAAGAGCAGAAAGUACAUAGUGUUUAUAUAGACAGUCACACGAGGUGUUACAGUAUAGUUAGUUUGCACCACUUGGAAAUGUAAAACAGUCGGUGAGGAUUUGGUUUCACAGCAGCAGUUUUUUUUUUGGGAGUGCUUUAAGGGGGCCCGCAGCCAGCUCAUUAACAAUACCUCAGGUUCAGUGACGCAUGCUUGAACGUACAGUAGCUCUAACUACACUACUCAACAGGAUGUGAUUUUGGUUGCAGUUAAAUGAGGCUUUAAUACAGUGUGAACCCUGAGCUCAGUUUGAAAUGUUCAGUGUUUCUGCACUCAUAGUCACGGCGGGUCUGUAGUUUUUAGGGCCACAAUCUCAUGAACUGACUAAAAUAAUAUUAUUAAUAAUGCACAAGCCUAAAAAUAAUCCAGUUGUAAUUAAAAAAGAGAUAUAAAGGUACAGUUAUGAAUGAUUCCAGUGAGUUCAACUCAAUAAUAUAGGAUUAUACAUAUUAUAUGAACGCGAGACUCUAAUGUUUGAGUUAAGGUAUCAGGAGAUGAAUAAAUCAGAUUAGUGUAUCCCUUGCACAUCUUCCAAAAUGUUUACUUUCAUAUCUUGUUUAUCUGGGAGUACACAGCUUAUUACGUGUGUAAAAUACCUGUGGAAAGACUAUUUGUGCCAAAUAAUUGUCCCACUUAUAAUAGGGCUGGGCGAUAUAUCGAUAUUUUAGUCACUAUCGAUAUAUUUUCAAAGGCGAUAAAGCACGAGACCAUAUCGUUAAUAUCGAUAUAGUUUAUUUUGUGUUAAAAUGGCUAUACAUUUCUUCCCUGGAGCCGCCAGUUCGCUUUUAUUUCUUUAUUGCUCGUUGACGUCGUCACGUCAGUCUCCAAUAACUCCAGAAAAAGUUGCUAGAUUUGUCGCUUUGUCUAACUAAAUGUUAGAGGGUCGUCGCUAAGUUGUCAACACUGGACCGCUGAUUAAUUACAGAUGGGCCAUUAAUAAGAGACAAUAAUAAUAAUAAUAAUAAUAAUAAUAAUGUGAAAUUAUCCGGCCACGGAAACAAAAAUAUCGAGAUAUAACUUAAGGUCCAUAUCGCCCAGCCCUAACUUAUUAUAAUAAUGUGUGUGUGUGUGUGUGUGUGUGUGUGUGUGUGUGAUUAUGUUGAGAACGUGUGUAUCCUGACAAACUACCAAAAUCUUAAUUUACUUCAUUCAUAUUCGUUGAAGUUUGCACAACGUCCAGCGUGUAUGAUCAUAGUUCCUCUUCCUCUGAUAUUCUGUCUGUUUUGAUCUAAAGCCAGUGAGUCUAUAUUUUCUUUUAAAUGUCGUUUCUCUUGUAGCUCUCACAGCCUUCACUCCAAGAUGUGCAGUGUGUGUGGUUUCACAUUUCGGUGUAAAAACUAUUGAAUUCAGCUCUGUGCACCUUUUUGUCUGAAGUGAAGAUGGUCCAUUUUCACAUUUUAAGUAUUUUCGGUGUUCGGUGACUUCAUCCUGCUCCUGCUGGAGCUUUAAGACACAAACAUGUGAUUUAACAUGAAUGUAGAGAUGUGUAAUCUCUGUAUUUUUUUUUUUAAAGUUUAUUUUUUUCUCACAAACAUUUUCCUUUUUUUUUUAAAGGGACAAAUGUGUAAACAUUUUGUUUUCAGCUUUUUGUUGAAGUUUGUUUUGAAGUUCCUCAGGUUGGGAUUCAAGAUAUUUUGUUUUGAUUCUUAACGACAAAGCUUUUAUGACUUGAUAAUGUGAUGGAAAUUUUUAAUAGAUUUUUCCUAUGCUGUGAUGAUUUGCAUUUCCACAUUAAAGAGACUGGCAAACAAAA